AAAAGCGGUUUAAGAAACAAAAAUUCAAACCGAACACUGCACUUCGCUUGUAAAUCUACUUGCUAGGGUUCUUAUUACCAAGAUGGCAAAAUCAAUGAAACUGGCGGGCCUAAAAUCCGUCGAUAAUGCCCACGACGAGUCCGUUUGGGCUGCCACGUGGGUUCCCGCCACCGACACCCGCCCGGCCCUUCUGUUAACUGGGUCCCUCGACGAAACCGUCAAGCUGUGGAGGCCCGACGAGCUCGAGCUCGUCCGCACCAACACCGGCCACUGUCUCGGCGUCGUUUCGGUGGCCGCCCAUCCUUCUGGCGUGAUCGCCGCCUCCGCCUCCCUCGACAGCUUGGUUCGGGUGUUUGACGUCGACACCAACGCCACCAUCGCCACUCUCGAAGCUCCUCCCUCUGAGGUCUGGCAAAUGCAAUUCGAUCCCAAGGGUACAACACUUGCAGUUGCUGGUGGGGGUAGUGCGUCAAUCAAGCUGUGGGACACUGCAACGUGGAGGUUGAUUUCAACUUUAUCAAUUCCUCGUCCUGAAGGACCGAAGCCCUCUGAUAAAAGCAGCAGCAAGAAGUUUGUCCUAUCUGUUGCAUGGAGUCCUGAUGGAAGACGUCUUGCUUGUGGCUCAAUGGAUGGCACAAUUUCUGUUUUUGAUGUAGCUCGUGCCAAAUUUCUACAUCACCUUGAAGGCCAUUACAUGCCCGUUAGGUCUCUUGUGUUUUCUCCUGAACCUGAUUCACGGAAGCUAUACUCGGCAUCUGAUGAUGGUCAUGUACAUAUCUAUGAUGCUGAGGGGAAAGCUCUAAUCGGGGCCAUGUCAGGUCAUACUAGCUGGGUGUUGAGUGUGGAUGUAAGCCCUGAUGGAGAGGCUAUUGCAACAGGCUCAAGUGACAAAACUGUAAGACUAUGGGAUUUUAAGAUGAGAGCAGCUAUACAGACAAUGAGCAAUCACACAGACCAGGUUUGGGCAGUGGCAUUUCGACCUGGUGGAGGAGGUCGCCUUGCUAGUGUGUCAGAUGACAAGAGUAUAUCAUUAUAUCAUUGUUCCUGAUUGUUCAUGGCUUGUUGAGAUUAAAAACACUAAGGAUUUGGUUUCAGUACAGGAUGUUGCUGCAUGUUUAGCUAUCACUGAUCCAAUGAAUAUGACGUUGCUCUGUUUUUUUUUUUUUCUUGUUUUUAUAAAAGAUCAGAUAAGAUUCUCGCACAA